UUGAUUCUGACAAGACAACUAACAAAAUCUUUCAUCAUCUCAGUUAAUCCAAUCAAUUAUUUCUAAGAUAAUAAAUGAUUAUUUUAGAUUAUCAACAAUUAACUAAUCACCUUUACUAUGUCUCUGUGUCAAUUGUCCCAUAAAUUGUUUUCUUCUUAUAAAAUUAAUAAGAUAAAUUCAAUUUUCUAUUCUCAUUUUCUAUUCUCAUCAAUCUCUUGUCUUUGUUGAGAAAAGAAAAGAAUUUGUUUUUUUCCCUCUUGUUAAUUAGGGAAAAAAAGAUCACAAUUAACCAGUUAUUCUCAUCAUAAUAUCUAUAGUUUGUUUGUAUCAAAAUGGCGACUACUGUUGCUACCGAGGUGGAACCAGUUGCAUCAACUUCAACCGGAAUUACAUCAACCCCAAGCUCAUCAGGCCAAGCGAUUAGCUUAUUUGCGAUCCAAGAUAAUAAAGCUGGAAUGUCCGGAUUGGAUAAAGAGAAGAUUAAUCAAUUACUUUAUGAAGCUUCCAAAGAUACACUUUACUUUAAACAUGAACAAGAACGAGAUAAAAGGAUUGACGAACAGAUUAAGAAGAUGAAAAGUGAUUGGUCCAAUUUUACUAAUCCAUUGAAGGAAAACUCUCUUGAGAUGAUGGAAAAAGCUCGUUCUAAUCGUGGUUAUGAUCGACAAUCACGAGAUAUUAGUCAGAUAGUUGUUCACAUUGACAUGGAUAUGUUUUAUGCUGCCGUUGAGAUGAGAGAUAAUCCAGAAUUAAGAGAUAAACCAAUGGCUGUUGGUUCUAUGCAAAUGGUUUGCACUUCAAAUUAUAUUGCUCGUAAAUUUGGUGUUCGCUCUGGUAUGGCUGGAUUUAUAUGUAAAAAAUUGUGCCCCGAUUUGGUCCUUGUACCGCCCAAUAUGCGUAAAUAUGGACAGGUCAGUGGUAAGAUUAUGUCCGUCCUGAGACGCUACGAUCCCGAUCUAUUUGUGAUGAGCUGUGAUGAGGCUUAUCUUAAUCUGUCUCCCUAUUUGAUUGAAACUUUUGUCAAAGAGAAUCCUCAUUACCCUGGUCCUGUUUUAAUCGAGGAUAAAGAUACUGGGGAUAAAAGGUUAAUCCCUGAGAUUUGGGAUUCAGCCUUCCAGGUUGUGGACAGUAUUCGAAGUCAAAUUCUCGAGGCUACUCAGUUGACCGCUUCAGCUGGUAUAGCGACAACCUCAAUGUUGGCAAAAAUUUGCUCCGAUUUAAAUAAACCCAAUGGACAGUACAUGUUACGUGGUUCGAGCUAUGAACAUGUACAAGAGUUUGUCAAGAAAUUGGACAUACGAAAAGUUACCGGAAUCGGAAUGGUUCAGGAGAAAAUUUUAAAAGCUUUUAAUAUCCUUACGGUUAAAGAUCUUUGGGAUCGACGGGAUGUUGUUUAUUUACUUUUUAAACCAGCGGCGAUUGACUUUUACCUUCGAGUUUCCCUUGGCCUUGGGUCGAUUCACUCAAAGAACGAGGAUGAACCAUUACGCUCUCGAGGUCAUGGAUGCUCAUUUAGAGCAACAAAUGAUUUCCGUUGGUUGGACAGCCAAUUGAUGCAACUUUGUGAACAAUUAGCUGAUACACUUGACGAUUAUGGUCUAAAGGGUAAAAUUAUUGUUCUUCGAUUGGAAAAAGAUUCUUUCGAUUCUUUUGUUCGAAGCCGUCGGAUAGCAUUUUACACUUCCGAGUGUGCGGUUAUUUACCAAACAGCGAAAUCAAUUUUAAAGGCUCAACUUUCCGCCGAUAGUGAUACCAAAUGGAGAGCGAUGGGAGUUCGAGUGACCCAUCUCAAUGUGAAUGCCGCUCAACCCGUUGACGAAAAGAAACAAUCAACUUUGGAUAAAUUUCUCUAUAAAAAAUUUAUCCAAGAUAAAGAUGCUUCAAUUAAUUCACAAGAUAAUUCAUUCUUUGAUUCUUCCCAAGAAAUUGAAUAUUGUGACGAAGCAUCGGAAGUUGGAACUGUUGGUGAUGAAUUAAUUUGUACAUUUUGCUCGAAAAUUUUCAAAGAAUAUGAUGGAUUCGAGGAGCAUGUUAACAAUUGUUUGAUGGGAGAUAAACUUAAUCAUUCUAGUCAGACAACAAUUCAAACAAUUGAGGAUGAGGAAGAUGCCGAUGAAUAUAUUUGCACCAAUUGUGAUAAAACUUUUACCGAAUACACUGAAUUUGAUCAGCAUUUAAUUGUUUGUCUUGAAGAUAAAUUUGAAGAUGAAUUUGAUGAAGAUGAUGAUGAUAUUAUUAUAAUUAAUCAACCAACUCCACCGCCACCAUCAACACCGAUUAAUUCAGUUGUUACUAAAACAAUCGAUUCACUUGAACCAAUAAUCUCACCAUCAAUAACUAAUGGAAACAAAUCACUUACAAUUAAUCCAAGGAAAAGUUUAUCCAAAUCACCAGACACUAAUUAUGACAAUCAAGAUAUUCCAUUUACUCAAUCAGCUCCAAAAAUACUAAAAUUAUGAGCGACAAUUAUUUAAAUAUUUACACAAUUAAUAUGAAAGCAAAAGAUUAAGUUUCUUUUUU